CUCUUGAGGGCGCUAUUAACAGCGCAUGGACCGAAAACCUGUUGCAUGUGUUGUGUAUGUGCGACGUGAGGAAGAAGAUUUUGUCAUAACUCAUAAAGCAGUUUCCAAAAUGUUGAUGUUUUGCCCGACGUGUGCCAAUGUUCUCGUCGUCGAAGAGGGACCGAACUGCUACAGAUUCGCCUGUAAUACUUGCCCAUUCGUGCACAAUGUAACGAGAAAGAUUUCCAGCAAGAAAUAUCCUCAUCUUAAGGAAGUAGAUGAUGUUCUAGGAGGAGCAGCAGCUUGGGAGAAUGUGGAUUCGACAGAAGAAAAAUGUCCAAAGUGUGAACACCUGAGGGCGUACUUCAUGCAGAUCCAGACCCGCUCGGCCGAUGAACCAAUGACAACAUUCUACAAGUGUUGCAGUCCGGAGUGCGGGCACCGAUGGCGGGACUGAAACUAAAAAGUAUUGUUUAUGUAGUUUAUACUUUAGGCCAUGUCAAAAAAAAUAACAGUUUCUCGUCCCUGCCCUGCCACUUCCUGAUUCCUGUCUGCCUCUAUUUUUUUUAAUCAUACAUUUGCAAUAUAUUUUGUCUUUUUACUUGUUUCAAGCAAAAUUGUAGUUAUGUAUACAAGUUCAAAUCUGGUAGAAAGAGUGACGGCUUCUUUGGACACAAAAGUAUCAGCAGAAGAGUCCAGAAAAUGGAAAAAUCUAUCCGCCGUCUUGAAAAAUUUGCCAUCUUGAAAGAAAAAAAAGGGCCACCUCCUACUUAAUUGUUAAAACCUGGAUGAGAAACUGUUUUGUUUUUACUUGGCCUUAUGAAGCUAAUUUUGUUUUCUGGGAUGUAUAUAUAUUGUAAUAUACUGUAAUAUAUUGUAUAUUCACAACAUGAACCCAAAGAUUGUUUUAUGAAAUUGUCGGACUUAAGUUUGCAACAAAGGUGGGUAAAGACUCACAACGUUUAGACAGCGUGACCUUUUUGUUUGACAUCAAAGGACAGCAUACAAAUAUUUCUUCAAUUACCAUGACAGAAAAUAUGAUCAGCGAAUGCCCCAGUUUCUCAGGCCAGCAGUUUAAUAGCAAAGAUCACCUGAUUAAUGGCCAAUCAAUUUUAAGUCUCUAAAAUUGGAUUGAUGCUGCUUUGGCAUUCACCUGUUUCCAGCCACGUGUAAACAAGACUAUCCAUCAGUUGCUUUUUUGAUAAUUGACAACAGAAUGUAGGUCUAUUUUAUUACAGCAAUAGCAGACAGCACCACCAGCUUUUCACGUUUUUUUGUGACCGUGUUUGCCAUUAUUUCUUUCAUAUUGAUUUGUCUGGUGCAUCACCAGUUUGGCUUCUUACAAUUUUUGUUGAAAUAUUACUGAUUCACAGUGAAGAAAUCCGCCUGUAUUUUGUUAUUUAUAAGUAACAAAGAUCUUCCAAUAUAAAACACAAAGAUCCUUAGAAAAAAAAGUUCCAGAAAUGUGUGUCGCGCCUUUUCUCAACAAGCAUCACAUAAAUAUUUCUGUGACGUAAAAAAAAGAAAUUCAGAAAUUUGUAGGUAGGUCUCACUGGUCCCACCCACGUGUCAUGGGUCGAGCUGCCCUGAUUAUCAAUACAAUUGAUGAGAAAUGGACUUCAUAUUGGCUGAAAGGGAAAUUAAAAAAAUAUAAAUAGCUCGGACAGCGUUUCAGACGACGGUAAUAAUUUUUGGGGUUUUUUUUGUGGGCAGGCUUUAAAUGGCGAUCACUUGGUCACGACUAGAAUGCUUGUUUGGUUGAAUCCAAUUUACUCGUUUUAUGAUUGUCAAAACUUGGCGCUGGGUUAACAGGUAAUCCCUCGCCAGCCUCCUUCAGGCUAUUGUGAUAAAAAAAACCCACUAGAAACGAUGUUAUUUGUGUAAAUAAAUUUGUAAUUGAGCAGCUAU